AUGGUCAAGGAUUGUAUGGAGUAUGCACAGAAAUGUCAAGCUUGCCAGUUUCAUGCCAACUUCAUUCAUCAGACACCCGAGCCGCUGCAUCCGACAAUUGCUUCACACCCAUUCGAUGUCUGGGGAAUGGAUGCAAUCGGACCCAUCACUUUGAAAUCGUCGACUGGUCAUAUGUACAUUCUUGCAGCCACAGAUUCUUUCUCAAAGUGGGCAGAGGCGAUACCGCUCAAAGAAAUAAAGGAAGAAAAUGUUGUGGACUUCAUUACGGGAAGCAUUAUACAACGUUAUGGUAUAUCACGCUGCAUCAUCACAGACAACGCCAAGUAUUUCUCGAAUACCACAACAGAAAAGUUGAGUAAGAAAUUUCACUUCAAGCUGAGUAAGAAUACCGCAACCAUUGAUGUUGAAGAUUGGGAGGAAUCCUUUUAUCGACUAUCUUGA